AUGGUAGGCAACGCCGUGUUAUGGUUCCUAGUUCUUGUUGCAGCAUGUCAUGGUUCCAUACUCCCAAGGUUACCGCCAGUCUCCGAUGAACACAAAGGCCAUCCGGAAAAUGGUCCCGGGGGUGGUGCUGGGCCACCGCGGAAGCCGGGCUAUGUUCGGAUGCCCGUGUCGAGGCAUAAGUUCAAUGGGACCGGAAUAGGGCCGGGCGGGAAACCGCCGCCGCCGCCGCCGCCGCCGCCACCACGAGCCUCGGGGCCCGCAGGACACGGCUCGCCUCAUGGGCAGACCGGAUCAGCGGACCAGCAAAGAGAUUCUAGCCGGCCAAGGACAACAACCAAACUCCCGCCGAUGCAGCGGGAUCCUUCGUCCUCGGAGUCCCAGCCACUUGCGCCCCGCCAAACCACGAACAGCAGACGAUGGGGAUGGUCGAGUCUGGAGGAGUUAGGGGGAAUAGCUUACAUUAUUCAAUUGGAAAUCGGGACACCGCCCCAGAAAAUAAAGGUGUUCAUUGACACGGGCUCCUACGAACUUUGGGUGAACCCGAGAUGCGAGACCUCAGCCUCCGAAUCAAUUUGUCAAAGCCACGGCAACUACUACCCAGACGAGUCCUCCUCGUCCAUGUAUGUAGGCGGGAAUUUCGCCGUCACAUAUGGAACAGGAGCCGUCAGGGGGAGCUACUGGUCCGAUAGGAUGACCGUAGCAAGGAUCCUGGGACUUGGAUAUGCUUACCCGUAUUCCAUCAACUACCCCAGCGUCCUGAGUCUGAUGGUCUCGCAAGACAUGAUCUCGGCCCCCAUUUUUGGCUUGGGGUUAGGGGGUGACCAAGACAACUUCAGCGAGAUCAUAUUCGGUGGCGUAAACAGGUGGAAGUUUGCCGGGCCACUGGAACCAGUUUACAUCUGGCCGCCCAUCUCACAACAAGAUCCGAGAUGGAUUCAAUAUUGGGUCAAUGUGACCUCAGUCGGCAUGACCAAGCCUAGGGAGCAAGCCGUGAUCUACACGCACCGCGACACCUUCACCAUGCCAACGCUCCUCGACACAGGAUCGACGCUUUCCUACAUCCGCGAGGACCUGGUCGCCCAGAUCGGCCAGCAGUUCGACGCCACCAUCGACAGCGGAGGCAACUACAUUGUUGACUGCGCCUGGCGCGACGAACCGGGUACCGUCGACUUUGGGUUCAACAGAGGUAGAAUGGUCAUCAACGUGCGCUACAAGGACUUUAUUUAUCAGCAAUAUCCGGGACACUGCAUGCUCGGUGUGCAGCCCGCGGAUGCGGGAUCGACGCAUUAUGUUUUGGGGGACACAUUUAUUAGGGGCGCUUAUUUGGUUUUUGAUCAGCAGUCGGAUAUCGUCUGGAUGAAUCAGUAUUACAACUGUGGUGAUGGGGUGGUGACGGUCGGGGAGGUCAAGGGGGAUACGGGGUCCAUCGUCGGCGCAUUCACAACCGGCAAUCCAGCAUGCAGCGUCCUCUCAUCGCCGCGCCCAUUCUCAUCCAGAUUCACCCAAAACACCGCAUUCCCCUCCACCGGCCGAAACGUCAGCCCCCUCUCCCACGGCUCGUCACAAUCCACAAUCCCCCCCGCACACCACUUCUCAUCCGCCGGCGCAUCCAAGCGCGGGAAAUUCGUCCCACCACCGGUAGUCCCCGGCUCGACACGAACAUACGCAAAGAUGGAGCUAGCGCGGUUCCCGCCGACAGCAGCCGAAGCGUGCGCGGCCGAGGGGAACCAGUCGGUGUGGAAGUGGUACGGCUCGAGGUGCGCCCGGGGUACGUCGUGGCCCUGGAAGGCGAGCGCGCGCGACUCGAUGCAGGCUACCACGGCGUCGGUGGGGGGUAAGGUGGUGGAUUGGGAGGUGCGCAGGGCGGCUUUGCCAUCCGAGUUGGACGUGAUGCCGCUGCGGGUGAAUGUGGUUUUGCUGAAAGGGUUGCUCAAGCCCGAGAGAGCGCCAAGCGCUGUGAACAGUGACCGUAUUGAAGGCAUUGUCUGA